AUGCGCUUCUUUGCCAUUUCUAUCCUGUCUGCCCUCGCGGCCACUGUUUCUGCUGCCACCACCCCCGACUAUUCCCAGGGACCCUCUGGCAACCCUAUCGCUCUUCCCGGUCUGAACGACCAGGUCCCCGUGGGUCAGCCCUACCAGAUCAAAUGGCAGCCAACGACUCCCGGUGAUGUGUCCAUCUGGCUGCUGCGCGGCCCCAGCAGCAACGUUCAGCCCAUUGCUACCCUUGCCAGCAACAUCCCUAACAGCGGCGAGUUCACCUGGACCCCAAGCACUUCGCUCCAGGAUGAUGUCACCCACUACGGUCUGAUCAUCAUCGUCGAGGGCACCGGCCAGUACCAGUACUCGACCCAGUUUGGCAUCAAGAACGACGCUGUCGCCGCAGGCACCACCUCCGCUGCGGUUGCGCCCACCUCUGCUGCCGCUGUCAAGACCACUGCUGCUCCUGUCACUUCCUCUUCCUCGUCCGUUGCUGUCGCCGUUGAGUCCACCACUGCUUCUUCCACUGAGACCACCGAGGCCACUGUAAAGACCGCUAUCAAGUCCAUCACCACCUCCAGCGCUCCCGCUGAGACGACCCAGACGACCGCCGCUACCCCGGCCAUCCCUCCCUCCAACUCAGCGGCGGCUAGCCCCUCUACCGUUACCCAGGCCGCCAGCUCCUCCACGCCCGUGACGCCCACCACUUUCUCCAGCAGCAGCAUUACCACCCCUACCAACCGCCAGUCCUCCUCCCCGACUCCCACCUACACCGGUGGAGCGGACCGCAAGACUGCCGGCUUUGGCGCCAUCGCUGUCGCCGCUGGUCUGAUGGCCGUUUUCGCCUUCUAA